AGAGUUCUGACGUCAGCUCUGGGGAGUGUAAACGCACACGCGCCUUUAGUUGGGGAAAGAGCCCAUUCUCAACUUUCCGUAAAGGAAACGAUUUCCGAAGUUUUUUUUCUUCCGUUAUCUCUGCUUGCUUUUGGACAAUGCGCGACCCACACAUGUCCGUGUGUUGACAGCGCUGGACACUGUGUGUGUGGUGUAUACUACAGUUGCGUCUUUCCCCGACUCACCUAUAGAGCGUAGGCCUAAACAGGUAGGCCAGUUUUGAUCAUUCUUCUUCGGAGAGAGUAGAAGCGUGAAGAUGGAGCUACCAGUUCCCAAGAAAAAUAUGCUGAUUCUAGUUGAUGUUUUCUGUGUGGUUAUCGCGGCCCUUCCGUCAGCGGUCUUGACGCUAAUGUUCAGCCCGUACCAGAGGGGUAUCUACUGUGAUGACGAGAGCAUCAGAUAUCCUUACAGAAGAGACACCAUCUCCCACAGGGCAAUGGCUGCAGUCACCAUCCCCUCCUCCAUAGUCAUAAUAACUACAGGAGAAGCGUACCUGGUGUACUCCAAGCGUCUCCACUCCAACUCUAACUUUAACCAGUACAUGUCAGCUCUCUACAAGGUGGUGGGAACCUUCCUGUUUGGAGCAGCUGUGAGCCAAUCACUGACUGACCUGGCCAAGUUCACCAUCGGCAGGCCACGCCCUAACUUCCUGUCUGUGUGUAAUCCCACUGUUUGUUCUGGGUACAUGCUGCAACUCAACUGUACUGGCAACCCUCGAAACGUCACUGAAUCCAGAUUGUCGUUUUACUCCGGACACUCUGCCUUCGGGAUGUACAGCAUGCUGUUUCUAGCAUUGUAUGUGCAAGCACGUAUGCAGGGGAAGUGGACUCGUCUGGUCAGACCCACAGUGCAGUUCUUCCUCGUGGCGUUUGCGUUGUACGUUGGAUACACACGGGUUAGCGACUACAAACACCACUGGAGCGACGUACUGGUGGGACUGCUGCAGGGAACUCUCAUCGCUGUGCUCAACGUUUGCUACGUCUCUGAUUUCUUUAAGCUCCGCCCCCCUCCUCGCUGCCCUCGAUCAGAGACGGAUGAAGACGAACACCUAGAGGCCAAACCUGGCCUGGACCCAGACACACAACUACACAACAACCACUACAACUAUACAACUACUACAGCCUGAACACAGACUAACAACUACACAACAACCUCUACACAACAAUCAUGGCAACCGUGGGGAAGUGGCGGCGACAGGAAUUUGUUGGUGGGUAGGCCUGCAGAAAUUUGGGUGGGCAAUUUUUAAAAAUUCAAAUGUUUUGUUAACUAACUUCCUGCAAUGUUGCCAUGUGGCCAAGAGAUAAAUGUACCGUUUUAUAGCUGUCUAUGAAUUCUAUCUGAUGAUGUUUGCAUGUUUAGGUAAAAAGACGACAAAUAAUUUAGAGCCCGACCCCAUAUUGGAUUUUUGGGUCCGAUACCGAUUUUGAGGGAGGGAAAAGUCACAGAUUACUGAUAUCUGUCGAUAUAUUGGUUUUUUAGAGGUUGAAUGAAAAACAGACCAAAUUGUGCUUCAAAGGAUCAACAGAUACUCUAAAUGAUAAUUUCUUAACUAAAUAUUAUAGUUAACAUUAUUUAAGAACAUUUUAUUUGUGGUUUACAGGAUCCACCAAAAAGCAAUUAUGUUCUCUAUAAAUUCGACAGUGAAUACAAAGCUUGUUUAGUUGACCUUCUUAGGUGCAACUUAAAAAUGUCUAUGGCAGUGGAAAAGAGGUAUGAAAAAGUGUUUGUGCUAAACCACCAUAAGAGUGGUCAUGUAAACAAACACUUUAUGGUCCACCUUGCAAUGAGAGUACGUUACGACAAGCACACGCUAGCUGUUCAUUACGACAAUGCUUUCUUAAAGAAACCAUAUUUACAUAACACUGUUAUUCAAUACAAAAGGUAUUGGCUAUACAUUUCAACUGCAAAUGGCAUGCGCUGAUGACUGAAAAUGUUUAUGCAUGCAAAUUCUUGCUGCGCUGGUUUUUGUCACACGUUCUAAUUUCGCGAGCUAGCUAACAUUAGCUACUUAUCUCAUAAUGAAUGCGAGCACAUGGCCUGAAUGAUAGACCUGCGCCAACUGUCUUGUUUUUUGCAGAUUGCAUAUUUCAGAAAAACUAACUAAAUUAGCCCACUAGCUAACAUAAUAGGCCCUGAUAGUAUCGGUCUUCUUUUUGUAUCAAGGACGAGUAUUCACUUUGGCGCCAGUCCAGUGUUGGCACAUACGUAGCACAGAUUGCUGGCUAGAUAGCUAAGCUAACUACCUUGCUGGUUAGCUAGCCAGCUAACGUUAACAAAGUGAGAAUGUGAUGAGGACAGGGCUGCUUGCUUGGUGAAGUGUACUUUUGAUUAUUUACUCAUGCUGGCUGUGGCAAGCUACUCAAGCUACAAACCACCAUGUCUACUUUCCCUCACAUUGUGGACUAGGGCUGAAUGAUGUUCAAUGAGCAGCUGGUAGAGUGCCCUCUUUAGGCAAUCAUUGAAAAUGGAGCAGACAUAUUUGUUUAUUCUAUGUAUAUAAUAUGGGCACUUUAUCUGUGGAAUAAAGGCAGAUAAAAAUAUCGGCCGAUUUAAUAUCGGUCAACCGAUUUUAUCGGUUGGGCUCUACAAAUAAUUUCCCAUUUGGAACACUGACAAGGAAAGAGCAGUACUUAAAAAUAUAUAUAUAUCUAGAAAGAAAAUAGUUUUUUGCUCCCAGUGGGCCCACCCAUGCCUACGCCCCGGCCGUGUGUCUGUCUGUGUGAGAGAAGUGUGUAUAUCAGUGUAGGCUCAUUGUAUUGGCUGGACUGGAAUAAAUGGAACGUAUCAAACACCUCAAGCAUAUGGAAACCACAUGUUUGACUCUGUUUAUUCCGGUCCAGCAUUACAAUGACCCUGUCCUCCGAUAGCUUCUCCCACCAGCCACCACUGGUGCAUAUGAGAAGAUGUGUAUAACCACUCACAUGCACAUGCAUUUAACUUUGUAUUUUAUUUGAAUACAAUGUACUAAAAGUAUGGAGGAUGAGAGUUUUUUAACAGAGACAAAGAAUUAUUGUGUAGUUCCCUAGAUUUCAAUUAUGCUAACAGGAAACACUGAAACAACUUUUUUAUUUUUUUAAAUUUAUGAUUUAUAUUUCCUGUGCAGCAGCAUCAACCAGGUUGUCUUCUUGGGAUUUGUAGUUUAUUUGAGUGUCCUGUAGUUCUCUUUUAACCCACCCGCUAGUCUAGUUUGUAUUUGUAAAGGAGUUUUUUGUGUGUUUGUAAUGCUUUGAUCCCUUUUACCUACACUGGAGCUACUAAUCCUCUCACACGUCUUCCAUCAAGACAGCGGUCUCCAAGCCUCGUGCUGGGGAGCUACUGGGCUGCAGGCUUUUGUUCCCGCCCACCACCAACCUACCUGAUUUAACUAGUCGUUAAGACCUUGAUUAGCUGAAUCAGGUGGGUUAGUGUGCUCAUCCUGUAGUUCUCCAGGAGGGGGGAAGGCCAAUGGUCUGUGGAGUUCAGUGUUAGGCCUACUGAUACCUAACAUGUCUGUAGAAGACAGUAUAUGUACAGUAUAUGGAAUGUAAAACAGUGUUGCAUAGAUAAUUACUUUCUAACUGUUUAUUUCUGUCGUAUCUGUAAGAUUGUAAUACCACUACUAGCCCACUGUGAUGUUUUUUUAAAUGUUAUUGACGCAACUUGUAUUAGUCACACCAGUUUAUUAUAUAUAAAGCUGUGUAUAACCUGCCUUCUCGCAUGGCAACACAGGUCCUGUGAGAUCAUGAUGCCAUGUGCUGCCUUUGAAAUGUUGAUGUUGACAAUCGUCAGUGUGUCAAUGAUUGAGUCACUCACUGAGAUGUUCUCUGAAAAACACAUUACACUUCUGCAAAGGGUUAAUAUAUACGCUAUAUGACCAAAAGUAUGUGGACAACUGCUCGUCCAACAUCUCAUUCCAAAAUCAUGGGCAUUAAUAUGGAGUUGGUCCCCGCUUUGCUGUAAUAACAGCCUCCAAUCUUCUGGGAAGGCUUUCCACUAGGUGUUGGAUC